UUCGGUGUUUUGCUUCACAUUCUGAUGAAAAGCUCAACGACUCAUGGGCACGCUCGCAAUUUGCUCGAUCAAUACGUUUCGGGCUUUUCCGGACCAACAUCGAUUGCUCUUGUUGACUACUUGAUCGAGUGUGCAAAAAGGUUCGAUUUUGAUUUAGAUUCGAGAGUUUUCAAUUACUUGUUGGAUAGUUAUGUUAAAGCUGGUGAAAAAAAUGAUGCUUUUGAGUGUUGUUGUAGAAUGAUGGAGCGUAAUAUAAUUCCUCGGGUUGAACUGGUAAACAAAGUUUUGACCGAUUUGGUUAAAAGAAACUUUAUUGAUGAAGCGAAAGAAUUGUACAAUAAAAUGGUUUUGAGAGGUGUGAGUGGUGAUCGAGUAAAAGUUAGCACUUUUUUAAGAGGAGAGAAGAAUCAGCAAAACCCUUAUUUAGAUGAUACUUCAAAUCAUCGUCAAAACCCUAGUGAUUUUAACACUGAGAACCACAGCUCUAUAGAUUCUCAGCACAUACCAAACGGGGUUUAUGUGGGUGGUUCAAGGAGUUAUAGGGAAAGCACUACAACUGAUUACCAGAAUAAUGCAUUUCAACAAACUGUUAACUUUAGUGGGUAUAAUUUGAAUAAUAAUGGACAACCGCAAAUAAACCCUAAUGGGGCUCAAGCACAAAUGUCUUGGGGUGGACAUUAUAAUAUGCAGAAUCAGUAUGGUCCUGUUAGGGAGGGAGGUGGAGAAGCAAGCCAAAAGCUUCACGUUAAUGGGAGUGUUAUGCAGAAUGCUGGGCAAUAUCAGCAAAUCUCAAGUGAUCAUCAUACUGGAAAUUUUGGAAUUGAUCAUAAUAGCCCAAGUGACAAUCUGCAGAACCAAAAUGCUGGACAAUAUCAGCAGAAUCCUAAUGUAGGACAAUGUUUGUCCUCCUCAAAUGAGAUUCAUGAUAGAAUGGUGACUUCUCAAGUGGUAACUAACCCUAUAUCUGGGGAGGAAUCAGCAGAGGCCUUAGAAAGUAGCCAAAAUAAUGGUACCCUGGAGGAGUUGGAUAGUUUCAUUGAGGAAGGAAAAGUGAAAGAAGCUGUUGAAGUUUUAGGGUUAUUAGAAAAGCAAUGUAUUCCAGUUGAUUUGCCACGAUUGGUUCAGCUAAUGCAGGCGUGUGGGGAAGCCAAAGUUUUAGAAGAAGCAAAAGCUGUGCAUGAACACAUUGUAAGAACAAUGACCCCACUUAAAGUCAGCAGCUACAAUAGGAUCUUAAAAAUGUAUUCAGAAUGUGGCUCUAUGGAUGAUGCAUUUAAUGUAUUUAAUAAUAUGGGGCAACGCAAUUUGACAUCUUGGGACACUAUGAUAACGGGCCUUGCAAAAAAUGGUCUAGGGGAGGAUGCAGUUGAUCUCUUCUCUCAAUUCAAGCAAGCAGGACUGAAACCAGAUUGUCAGAUGUUUAUCGGGAUUUUCUCUGCCUGUAGUGUUUUGAGUGAUGCUGAUGAGGGAAUGCUGCACUUUGAAUCAAUGAUCAAGGACUAUGGUAUUAUUCCGUCUAUGAAGCAUUAUGUGAGUAUAGUUGACAUGUUGGGAAGCAUAGGGUAUUUAUAUGAAGCCCUGGAGUUUGUUGAAAAAAUGCCAAUGGAGCCAAGUGUUGAUGUUUGGGAGACACUGAUGAAUCUUUGCAGAAUUCAUGGGAAUUUGGAGCUUGGUGACCGAUGUGCUGAGCUUGUUGAACAACUAGAUCCCUCCCGUUUGAAUGAGAAGUCAAAGGCAGGCCUUGUACAAGCUUCGGAUCUUGUAGAAGAGAAAGUAAAGAAGAAAGUGGCAAGUCAAAAUCCUCUAGAAAUUAGGAGCAGGGUCCAUGAAUAUCGAGCAGGAGAUAAAUCUCAUCCGGAGACUGAUAGGAUAUAUACUCUUAUAAGAGGUUUGAAGUCUCAAAUGAAAGAAGUUGGUUACAUUCCGGAGACAAAAUUUGUGCUACAUGACAUUGAUCAAGAAAGUAAGGAGGAAGCUCUUCUUGCUCAUAGUGAGAGACUUGCUCUAUCACAUGGUCUCCUCAACAGCCCAGCCCGUGCUACCAUCCGGAUAAUAAAGAACCUUCGGGUUUGUGGUGAUUGCCAUACUGCACUGAAAGUCAUCUCAAAAAUUGUUGGUAGAGAAUUCGUUAUACGAGAUGCUAAGAGAUUCCACCAUUUUAAAGAUGGAUUGUGCUCCUGUCGGGAUUAUUGGUGACGAUAAUUUAGUCCAAGGUACUCAGUCUGUCUGACAUUUUGAGUCUAUUUCUGGUGUUCUCCACUGUGCCAUGAUUGUCUUUUAAAUUUCCUCAUUCAUUUUUUGUUUGACGCCUUUUUUCUAGAGGUCUAUAUUUUUCUGACAUU